AUGAAAGCCUUUCAGUUUGAAACCGUCGCCGCAGGGCUUGAACUCCGAGACGUGCCGGUCCCUGAGCCGGGCUACGAGCAGGUUCUGAUUGCGGUUAAGGCUGCAGGCCUCUGCCACUCUGACAUCCACGUCUUGAAUGGCGGCGGAGAAGCUUGGAUGCGGGCGCAGUCGCUCACGCUUGGCCAUGAAGUCGCGGGCACCGUUGUCAAACUUGGGCCCGGCGCAUCCGAAUUCCCCUUCAAGACAGGGGAUCGUGUGACGGUUGCUCUCUUGGGCCAACCUGUCAUAGACCGGGACUUUCAAGAGGCCAUUGGGGUUGGAUACGAUGGAGGCUAUGCCGAAUUUGCCGUCGCCUACUGCAAACAACUUGUCAAAAUCCCUGCCGGAGUGAGCUUCGCACAGGCUGCAGUUGCCACUGACUCGGUCGCUACCGCAUACCACGCCAUCAUGUGCGAAGCCAGAGUCGCCAAAUCGACUCGAGUAGCUGUCAUUGGCCUGGGAGGCCUCGGCCUUAACGGCGUUGCUAUUGCAGCGAUCCAAGGGGCUGAGGUCUAUGGCGUCGAUAUCAACACCACCAAGUUCGACCAGGCUCUGAAAGCUGGUGCAAUCAAGUGCGCAUCCAGCCUGGAUCAAUUUUCGAACAUAGUUUUUGAUGUCAUUUUUGACUUUGCUGGAAUGCAGUCGACAAUUGCUGCAGCUGUAUCUACGGUCAAGCUUGGAGGGUGUGUCGUUCUGGUGGGCUUAGGCUCGCCCACUAUACAGCUUGAGACAACCUCGAUCGUUACUAGGAAUAUUCAGCUGAGAGGGUCGGUGAGUGCAAGCAUAGAUGACCUUCACAAGGUCUUGGCUUUGAUUGCUGCGGGCUCUCUCUCGCCGACGGUGCAGGAAAUUCCCUUCCUCGAUGUUCCGAAGGGGCUCGAGAUGCUUCACAAAAAAGAUGUGAACGGGCGACUCUUCACCAUACCCAUUAGAUAG